AACAAUUUGUCAAUGGAUUUUUAUAUUGAAAUUUCAUUAUGUUGGCUAUACUUCAGUACAAAGCAAAGCUGUCUGUCGCAGAUAUUACAGCAUUUUUCUUUUAAAUCAAUCUUCAUUUUCUUGUGCUAAAAUGUGAAAUAGACUUUACAUGAAAGUUUGAAUUAUGUAUGUGUUUAGUCCACGGUAUUUGUCUGUUGUACUUAUUAAUUUUUACUUACCAUAACUGCUCUAAUUGGAUCUGUCAAAGUGUAGGAGUUUGUGGCGAACACAAUAAAUUAAUGCUCUAUCAUUCCAUCUGAUGGAGUAUUUUGUGUCGUUAUAGUCAUUCUCAUCGCUUAAUUAACAUCCAGAUAGUUUCGUAACGCGCACACGUUGUUAAAUAGUAGGGCGUGUGUGUACGAUACACGACACAUCUGGUGAUAAUUCGGCACAACAUUUUAACGCAUUCUAGUAUUUCUAGUUUAUUUAAUCGUCCUAUCUAUCGCAGAUAGUUGUAAAUACGUAUUAAUUAUGGACUAAAUCUAACUCUCAUUCGAUUUGUGUUAGUAAAUAUAUAUUUUUAACAUAUUAACAUUGUAUUUACAUACUUGCAGCCUUCCAUAUAAAUAAUUUGAGAUAUUUUGAAUGAAUAGUGUUGUGAUGAGUGUUCCAAGUUAUUUUGAUCAUUCCUUCCACUAUAUUUUUGAGUGAUAAAGCUGUAAAAUGGCAAAGAAGUCGGAGAACACUGGUGGGAAGCUGAUCACAGUGUCUGUAGUUGGACUUUCUGGCACGGAGAAAGAAAAGGGGCAGCUGGGAGUGGGCAAGUCGUGUCUGUGCAACAGAUUCGUCCGCACCCACGCCGACGAUUACAACGUCGACCACAUUUCCGUGCUCAGUCAGUCCGAUUUCAGCGGUCGUGUGGUGAACAACGACCACUUUUUAUACUGGGGCAGCGUCCAAAAAGAUAAUGAAGAACAAGAGUAUAGGUUCGAGAUCGUCGAGCAAACGGAGUUUGUUGACGAUGCCUGUUUUCAGCCGUUUAAAGUCGGCAAAACGGAGGCUUAUGUCAAACGAUGCGUGGCCACGAAACUGCAGUCAGCAGAGAAACUUAUGUACGUCUGCAAAAACCAGCUCGGCAUUGAGAAGGAAUACGAGCAGCGGACUAUACCGGAUGGGAAGCUGUCCGUAGACGGGUUUCUGUGCGUCUAUGAUGUGAGCCUCGUGCCGGGCCGGAGCUGGGAGAAGCAGAACGAAAGCCUAGCCACAAUACUUCAAAACAUCAUCAAACUGAAGAAACCCGUGGUCCUGGUCACCUCAAAGAACGACGAGGCCUGCGAGCAAGGCGUCCGAGAGGCCGAAAGACUGGUUCAACGAAAGGAGUUCAAAGGAUGCAUACCUCUUGUCGAGACCUCAAGUCAUGACAAUGUAAAUGUGGAUCAAGCAUUCUUUCUGCUGGCUCAGAUGGUUGACAAAUGCAAGGCAAGGAUCAAGGUGGCCAACUAUGCCGAGGCCCUGCGGAUAAGGAGAGAGACCUUGGACUUCGUAACAGAGGCUUUCACGCAACUCAUCAGGAUACACGUCCAGGACCAUAAAGAGAUGUGGUCCGCAGUCAGUAAGAGAUUGUGCCAUCAUCCAGAAUGGGUGAAAUUCGUGCAGCAGUUUGGAAAUGACGGCACCCAGGUGGUUUUCCGACGCCAUGUUCGAAGGCUGAAGGAAGAGAAGUCAGCCAAGAAGCUUCGCAAACAACUGGCCAAGCUUCCCCAAGUGCUGGCGCGAAUGCAACUUCCCACUGAAGAGUUGAAUGAGAAUGAUUGGCCGAUGGUGGUCCGGCAGCUACGCUCUCAUAGAGACUUCUCUGUAUACUUCAGCGGAGCCCGAUGCACGGACUCGGGCUCCGAGUCGGGUUCAGAUGAUCUCCAGCAUCAAGACACCCUGCCGGUCGGCGAGCGAGCUAACAGAUAUCAGACUUUGGGACAGAGUCAGAAGAUUCCCUACGAGAUCCUGGAGACGAACGAGGCAGCUUCCGUUUUCAAGACUUUCUUACAUGAGGCUCAGGAGGAACAGAGGAAUUACGAAUGGUGCCAACAAUUCAAGCGGCUUCUCGAAGAAACCGGCUACGUAACCCCCGGCAAGCAGCUAUCCGAAGUGCGAGUCCUCCUAAUGGGUAGAGAGUGUUACGAGGCUUUAUCAGAGGAGCAACAACAGCGAGUAUACGACCAGCACCAGAGGCAUAUACAGCAGCGGGCUAAACAUAACCUGCAGGAGUUAUUAUUAGAGCAUGCUGACCUCUUCUACCACUUCAAGAGCAUCUCGCCGACGGGCACAAUUACUCAAGAGGAUAUCAAGGAGAUUACUGAUGUUUUGCAAGAUGACUUCAGAUAUAAAAUGCUGGAUCGUAUGGAGCAAGAUCGUAAGCUGAUGUUGUUUCAACACCUUGGCUUCGUCCAUUGCCCGAUGCGUGAGCAUUGUCCGGCCGGACCGAACUGCCUAGAUGCCACAUUACCUGUCAUACUCAACACCAGAGUCGGUUCGCUAACGUCAACGGGCGAGUCGCAGUGCCACGCGGGGCCGCCGGCUGCGCCCUGGGCGCUUACGACGGACUCCAACCAGAUCAACGUCAUCAUACUGGGCGUGGAGGGUGUAGCAGGAGAGUUCGGCAAGCGUCUGCUAGCUGGUUGUGACUCGGAUAAGAGGGUGUCCGUACAGAGUCUGAUGUGGCGCGUCGAGCAACGAGUCAGGACUGACGACUUUAGCGCUGAGACUACUAAUAUAGAUGACUUUACACCAAAUGGUUAUUUCUGCGUGUAUCAAGAUCAGGAAUCGUUCGAGUAUAUUCGCGGCUGUGCCGAAAAAACGCUUCUUUCGAGCCUAGAGCAGGAAGACAAACUACCUUUCCAAGGUUUACCGCUCGUAGUAAUGUUCGUCCAAGACGAAGGAAUGGAUAAAAAGGAGAUUAUGAGGUUACAGGAGGAGGGACAGAAUCUUGCUGAUAACCUUCACUGCUCCUAUAUGGAAGCGGCAGUCAACGAGUUAGGCACAGAAGCCCUAACGUCGGACGCCAUACAAGAACUAGUACGUGCCAACAGAGAGAAAGCUAGCUAUGCCCAUCUUUAUAGAGACCUUAUUGUGUGCUUCGACUCCGAUAUACGGAUAAUGGUGUGUAUGUUCUGUGACGACCCUUACUCGCCUGAGCGUGUACUAAGUCCGCUUCUACUGCACCGGGCCUGCUUCCUGACCGGAGACCGUUCCAUAGUCAUAGAAACCUUCUUAGGAGACUCUAAGAGGAAAGUUGAGGUUAUAAUUUCGAGUUUUCACGGAGCGACGCAGUUUAGAGAGGAGUUGAUACAUGGAUUUAUUCUGAUCUAUUCGGCCAAGAGAAAAGCUAGCUUAGCAACGUUGAACGCCUUCUCAAUGAACAUACCUAACCUACCAAUACAAAUGGUAGCAGUAACGGACGGUGGCGGUUCCGCGGCCAACGCGUUCUUCGGUACCGAUUUAGGACAUGCGCUCAUCACGGAAGGCAACGCUACUGCGGAUCGACUCGCCGCUCACUUCACUACAUAUACUAGCAGUGCUGAAAAUAAAUCUGCGUUCUACACGCCGUUCUUCAAAGAAGUAUGGGAGAAGAAAGGGGAAAUCGAGCGCGCCUUUCGCAUGGAACAACCCCACAAUCUGCCCGACGUCGCCACAGCCCGCCCUGCGACAUCGCAGCAUCGUCAAGCCGGCUAUCACAGGAUGGAUCAUAAACUGACUAAUUCGCUGGACCUUCUCAUCGGGCCGGACUCGCGCGCCGACAUCGACUCUGAAUACAGCGACACACUCAACAACUCCAAGAAUAGAGGCUUUCUAAAAGGAUUCAGCGUAUACCCGCCGCCGAGCACGCCGCCGGAGCCGGCGCCGCCAGACCACAGAAUACACGCCGAUCUAUCACCCGAUCUCAACUGUUCCGAGGAUUCGCUGAGCACACACGAGUCAGAUGGCGGUGGAGUGUGGCAGCCGGCUAGCUACGGGCACCGCGCCUUCACCACGGGUCGCGCCCGCCCGCAUCCGCCGCCGCCGCGGCAGCGACACUCGCAGACGCUCAAGCAACCCGGUAAACUGGACUUGAACAACUAUGCGAUGGUCAGCGAUGCCCUACAGCAAAUCACCAUAGGGCCGCCGCAUCCCAGAGAGAGAAAGUCGCAACGGUCAGGCUGGUCACAUUCGGGCGGUCAGCCUGGCGGUCACCACCACCAUCCAUCGGGAGUGAGCUCUGAGACGGAGUUAGACGCACAAUACGCACAGAUAAAAGAAACCAAUGAGUACAUGGAGGCGCCAUCUAUGAUGAGACUAAGAAGACAUCGGAGGCAUGAGAAAACACCUAUGCAUCAGCCUUCAUUCUCAGAAACUGACAGCUCCGGAUCCAGCGAAGCCUCCGGCGGCGUCGCACGCGCGCACGCGCGUAGACGCACGCAACAUCACGCACCUAGACACUACAAGAAACGCUCCUUAGGCAACCUAGUGGCUGUUCAGAGCCCUAGGGUACCUAAACUGGGCAUGUUUGUGGGACCGCCGGAGUUGCCUACGAGUUACAGGGCGAGAACUCAGGAGGAUAAAGCGGCGAGCGAGUCGAGCUCGGGCAGCUCGGACGGCGGCGGGGACGGGCGGCGCCGCGAGCCGCGCCCGCUGCCGCCGCCGCCGCACCCGCCGCACAUGCUAGCGGGAGAGUAUCCGUCUUCGACACAGGACAACUCCUCAUCUAGCGCGCCCGACACCAGGAGAAGGCACCAUCCCUUCAGCAAGCAUGAUCGCAGGCAUAAGGAACCCUCGAAAAGCAAAGACUCAAAGAAGAACUCAUCACAAAUGGCGAGUACGGCCUCGGCGGCGAACUGGGGCCCUCAGGGAGCGCACGGGGUUCCGCUUUUCGUGGAGAAAUGCGUGCAGUUCAUCGAGAGGGAAGGGCUGGCGUCCGAAGGCCUGUACCGGGUGCCUGGUAACCGGGCUCAUGUUGAUAUGCUCUUCAGCAAGUUCAACGAAGAUCCCAACGUUGACCUGGAUUCUCUAGACAUCCCGGUGAAUGCUGUAGCGACUGCGUUAAAGGACUUCUUCUCCAAGAAGUUACCGCCGCUAUUAGACGAGGCUAGCAUGGAACAGUUAGAGGAUAUAGCGGCAAUGCGCGGCUGCAUCGCGGGUGGAGUGGAGCUCAAAGACCGCAGCUGGCGACUUCUAGCGCUGCGCUCGCUGCUCAACAACAGCCUCACGUGCGUCGCGCGCGCCACCCUCGACUACGUGCUCGACCACUUCGCCAGGGUGGCAGACAACUCCAAGCUGAACUCCAUGGACAGCAAGAACCUCGCCAUCUGCUGGUGGCCCACGCUGCUCCCGGUCCAGUUCUCGGACAUGGGCCGCUUCGAGAUGACGCGGCCCUACCUCGAGGACAUCGUGCAGACCAUGAUCGACCAGCACCCCUUCCUGUUUCGCGGGCAAGAGGCCUUCGUCAUGGUGUGAGACACGCCUGAACCCACAAUGCAGGUUGCAUUCGUGUUGGAAGGCGUGUGACGCGGUUGUACGAACGUGUCUACGUUCCCAGUGAGUUAUAUACGCUAGCGUAAGUUCCGCUAUUUAUGUACGCAAUAUUAGCCUUUAUCCGUUACGACAUUAGGUGUACAAUACACAUACAGCAUUGAGACCUGGGGGCCUACCGCGAACACCUACCAGAGGAAGCCCGCAAUUUGCGAACUUUGGUAUUCGCGGUAGGCCCGAUUUCGGCACCAUAAAGUCAACUUUAUGUAUGAGGACUUAAAACUGUUUUGUGAUUGGUCAUGAACAGUGAAGCUUUGGGUGCUAGUAUGUUAGAUUUAUACCAUAACAGCUGUCACUUUCUAACUUGUGCGGUAUGAAUGAAAUGGUUUUAACCACAUACUGGCACUUCUAGUGUAAUGUUCCUUUUUCAUUGGUAAGGUAAGGAAAGCAUUAUAAAGUCUGAAAAUUAAUUGUAUGGAAGAGAGACGAUACAUCAGAUUUUAUACAUUAUUAUAGUUUGUUUUGUAUGUCUGUCGAUAUUUCAACUUUUAUUUUUCAAUAUGAGUUAUAAUCAACCAUUUUCAUAUCAAUAUGCUUAGUAAUCACAAGCGGGAAUGCUUGCAUAUUUCAGCUUUACGAAAUAACGAUAGACGAAUUUCUUUCGCAUUUGUUUUUGAAUCAAAAUCGAAUCAGUAUUUUAACUAGGUGUUAUUCAAAUUAUAUCGCAAUUUAUAAUAGUGUUAAGGUUGAAAUUCAUGCACAAACUAUUUAAUGGAAAACAAGUUUUCUAAGCGUAAUGAAUGAUAAAGCAAUUACAACACCAUAAAAAGCAGCGGUAUUUGAACGAAACGCGAAUCGCUGCCAUUGAAAAAAAUAAUUAUCUAUGGCACUGCUUGCAUUUUGGGUUUCGUUCAACGCACCGCACAUUAAUGAGCACAUUCCGUUCAGUCGUAUAAAGUAAAAUAAGUAAUUGUUAAUUAUAAAUAUUUUUAGAUAGUGAUAUUCGCGUAAUCGUUGUUUUUAAUCGAUAUCAUAGGGAUCGGUGUUGAAAUGCUUGCGAAGUUUUUAAAUGGUUUUUUUAAGAAGUCUGUUCAGACAUGUCAUUCAUUUUUUUUAAAUUUUGCUGUUAGAUAAACAACGUAUUUUUGCUGAAUUGCCUAAAAAACAUGGCUACCUUGCCUACCUUUCUCAACUAGUUACUGUUAAUGGGUUUGAGUUUGAUUUUGAUCCCACACAUACUAUUUUUUUUCCAGUAAUAAAUAUAUAUUUGGCCAUUUGUGUAUGAAGUAAGGAGUUUUUGUUCUAUUCGUUGGCAGCUCCUCGUUAAAAUAAGGACACUCUGCACGAAUAAUUUCGUACAUUGAACCGCCAUUUCUUAUCUCUAUCGCACGUACAUAAUUAUAUCGCUGUGCCGCUCGCACAGUGGUAUUGACCGCCGGUAUCAUCGGCAGGACAGCAACAUAAUAGGGUAUUUGACUGUAUUUAAAAUAAAUUAUUUUACACCAUGCAAUCAUACAUGAAAUAAAGCACCAGAAGAUUAAUAGAGAAACGUAGACGGCAGCUAUUUUUAGAUACAAUCUCUGUUUUAUAACUAGUAUAACUCUAUAAAGAGUAGGUGAUUUGAUUGUGACGUCACAUGCUAGUGUUUCAUAUAAAUUCCAUAGUAGCUAAAUCGUUUUGACAUUUCGAAAAAAGAAACUGAUUUGACUAGUAGUCAAAUAUCCUAUUAUGCGCGUGCGAUAGAGAUAGGCAAUAACGGGUCAAUGUACGAUAUUCUUCGUGUCUUUACGUUGAGUUUCCUUUAGUUCCCCCCUCGCCCUCCGAUUUAACUUCGCAAUUCAUUAUUUGUAUGUUUUUUUAAAUAAAAUAUGUCAAUUAUUUUUUCUGCCAUGUCUGAACGGCUCAAAGGACAUUUUCCGUCCUUUUCACCCAUAACAAACCGUAAUGAAAUAAGAUACACGCUAGAUAGGUUCGUGUUACACAUAAAAAUCUGUUUUUUUUUAAACCUCUUAACCUGUCCUUUUAUUAAAUCUUCUGACUGUCACUUUUUUUAAGUGACUUUACAGUGCCAUUUAAUUUCAAAAAUCGUGUAGUUUUUUUUCUAAGUUUAUGAAAAAAAUUUCAAUAACGUGGUCCCACUUUUUUAACACUCAUCGCAGUUCGUUAAAAUUUGCUUGUAUGAAAAAGAUUGACUUUUUUUUUAGAUGACAGCUGCCGCCGCCAUAUUUUAACGUUAAUCAGUUCGUUGUACAGUCAGCAGCAGAAGUUGCUAAGCGGGCGAGGUGUUCAAAAUUACCUUGACACGCUCUUAUUAUCUUAACAAUAAAGUCGCGUCAAGAUACUUUUGAACACCUCGCCCGCUUAGCAACUUCUGCUGCUGACUGUACGAUCAUGGAUUUUAAUUUCAGUACCAUUUCUUACCUUGUCACAGUGACAAUGAAUGAAUGAAUGAAUGAAAAUCUUUAUUUCAGGCAACUAAUGAAUGAAUAGUAUGAGGUCUCUAGCGACUUUCAUAUUGACUGUCACUGUGACUAUAAUCUGUAUCUUUAGGUAUUAAAAAAAAGUAAACAAACAAUUUGUACAUUUUCGGGUAGUUAUAACAUUUAUUGGUUAACCAACCAAAUACAAAACCGCCUGGAUCAGUCACUGAAUGACCUGACUUUAACCUACAUUAUUUGAUCAUGUAAUGGUUUCAUCUACCCUCAACUGGCUUAAGGUGCCAUUUGAGGGUAAAUUUUGUUUACUGUUAUUUAAAUACCUAAAUAUAGAGUAUAGGAAAUUGUAUGGAAAAUUAUUUGUCUGUAUGUUCGUUGAUUUUAAAAUGGCGUAAGGGCGCAACCUGCCGUGCCUCGUAUCUCACAGUCAAACUUAUAAAAAAAGUCAAGUAAACACAUAAUACUCAUAAAAUCAAAGGGAAAGUUAACCUUUUUUUAAGUCACCCUUCUUUUUUGUUUGACUUUUUUUUAUCUAAAAGUUAUAGUGUUUUUAAAAAUCACUUUUCGAUCGGCAGCUUACCUUAAAAUAUUCUUAGACUGACUUUUAAUUCCAUUUUUUUUUAUCCAUGUACGUUUAGUGUAUGCACAUGUAUAUCUGAUGGCCUACGUUGUAUUUAAGUGUUUAAUAUAGACUGACACUGAAUGUGCUUCUGUCCUUGCGGUAUUGCCUUCAAUGCGAAUGCAAUAUGGACGCAAUAUCGCCUCGAGUUAAAUAUAUAAGGACUUUAGGGCCUGUGCACACCGGGUGCGUGUGCGCAGACGUGCACGUGCGCGUUGUAAUAUACAGAUCUUUAUGAGAGACGGCACACUGCUUGCAUGACGUGUGCGUGCGCGGCUCAAACAUUUAAACUCACGCGCACGUGCACGUCUACUCACACGCAGCCGGUGUGCUCUGGCCUUUAGGGCGGUUCUAUCUGGCGCAAACUGUGUGCGUUAACCUUUAAAGUUAGAGCGAGAUAGCGAUAACACUUGACUGUUCGUUUGUAUUAUGUCUGAGCCCAAUAAAAUGUCUGAGGGCCUACCGCGAACCACGUUCGACGUGUUGCCUCCCUGUCACACUUACGUACGAAUUUACAAGUGCGACAGAGAGGCAACACGUCGAACGUCGCGGUAGGCUCUCUGAGUGGUCAAGCAAUAUUAGCGAUAUUGCUCUGAUAUUUUAUGAGCCAGAGCGCAGCGCAGUUUGUGACAAGUAUAACCUUUAUUUUAUUUGCCAAAUAGAUAUUUUAAUUUGACUUUUGUAAAAAAACACUUUUCCAACAAAAAUGCAUUUCGAUGGAUUUGUGUUAAUUAUGCAAGGAAUCAUUGUAACUACUCAUAAGUAUAUUUAAUAUAUUUAAUAGGUGUCUCCAUUAAGUAAGGUGUAUCUAAGUAAGUUUUUAUCGAUAUAAUGUCAUUAUAUCACCGUCUCACUCGCACACUCGCGUCGGUGGUGACCGAGCGAGUAUGCGAGCGAGACAAAAUAUCAUGUCCAUUAGGGGAAUGAUGUAAAGGAUUUUUUGAUAUUUUACUAUGAAUCGAAAAAAUACAUAGAGCCUACCCGUCUUCUAAUUUAUUUUUCUAGAAAUUUUCGGUUUUUCUUAGAUCUCACGAAGACAAAAACGCUUUUUUAUUUCAAAAAAAACUUCCCCUAAUGUUUUUUUCGAAAACGCAAUUACGGAUAAAAAAAGGCAAUUCGAUGUAAAUAUUGUACAUUCGUUCAUUUUACGUGUUUUAUUUUCGUAAUUAAUUUAUUGAGAUAUUUUUUAUGAGAGAGUUUUUUAAUGUGGAUAUUUUUGUUAUUUUAUUUUCAUUUUACGUAUUUUGUAAUGCUGUAAUUCGAUGGAACCUGUGCCAUUUUUUUAGAAGCGCAAACCCAAAACACGCAUACUGCAUUUUAAACUGCAUUAUUGCAAUUGCAAUUCAGUCUGUCUGUGUUGGGCCUUAUAG